AUGAACCGUACUAUAUGUAAUAUCAAGUAUGAUAUUAUGUCACUAUCUGACAAAAUUGAUGGUUUAAUAAAUACAUCUGAAAAAACUGGUUAUGGUGAGAUAUUAACUGAUGAGGAUACAUUUCAAAAGGAAAUAUUUCAAAUCCUUCCUAUAGAAAAUGAAGAAGACUUGUCAUUGUUUGAAUCCAAACUUUCCAAUCAGGAAUUCAGAAAAAAAGUUACUUUGGAACUGAAGCGAUAUGCUAAGGAUUCGUUACCCAGUACUGUACGAGCUGUAAUGAGAUUUCUUUUCAAAGAUAAAUUACUGAAUAUAUUUAGUUAUAAAGGACAAAAAGGAAAAAAGGUGUUCUACACAUUAACGAUAUGUUCAGUUAUAUUUGACUCCAUCAAGCUUAUGAAAAAAUUCCAUAAAUUUGAUACAAUCGAUGUAGAAGGGCCACUAAAGAUAUUCAUUUCGGGUGCUAAGUUCAGGGAUGUGCCAAAAACAAAAACUAAUCAAUCUAUGAAGGAUUGA